CCCCGCGGCCGCGGCCGCGCACGGGAGAGGCAUCGAGCCGGCCGCCAGCCCCCUCCCCAUCACCGCGCCGCUCGGGCUCGCGUUUCCCGAAACGGCGCCGAAAUAUCCAUCCGCCGCUCCUCUCCCCUCGCCUUGACCGCCGCCGCCACCGACCUCGCCCACUCCCCUCCUCGGCUCCUCCCCACUUCCACUCCCACCAGCCUCACCCCCCAGCGCGGCGCAGGCGGAUGCGCGCGCGCCGCCUGCUGCUACUGCUUCCUCCUCUCCCGCCAUGGCAGGGGAGGACGACCCGUGCCCGCUCUGCGGCGGCGGCGGCGGCGGCGGCCCCGCGCGAGUCACGCUCGCCAAGCGCGGUUCCCCGCCGCCGCACGCGGGGGACGCGCUGGCGGUGACGGCCGUCGUGGACCCCGGCGACGAGCUGCGGGAGGAGCUAGCGCGGCAGCGCCGCUGGGCGGCGGACCUGCACGCGGAGCUGGAAGCGGAGCGCGCCGCGGCCGAGGGCGCCGCCAGCGAGGCCAUGUCCAUGAUCCUGCGCCUGCAGCGGGACAAGUCGGAGGCCAUGAUGGAGGCCCGCCAGUACCGACGCUACGCGGAGGAGCGGUUCGCGCACGACGCCGCCGAGGCGGACGCGCUCCGGAACGCGCUCGAGCGCCGGGACGACGCGGUCCGCUCCCUCGCCGCGCGGCUCCGGGCGUGCCAGGCCCGGCUCCUCCACCUCGGCUACCCGUCCCCGUCCGCGUCCUCCUCGCUCCCGUCCUCCCCCACCGCCGCCGCAGCGGGGUCUCGCCGCGGGUUCCACCACCACCUCCCCUUCUCCGACGACGAAGAUUGCGACAACUACCGCUCGGUCCACUGCCUCGAACGCCCCGCCGACGUGGGCACCCCGCGCACCCACCACCUGCUCAACAGAAUGCCCAGCCCGGACGCCGACAAGGGUGUCGUCCUCUUCGGCUCACCGCGCCACGCCCGCGCGCUCUCGGGCGACAGCGUCCCCUACAGCUGCCGCGUCGCGCUGGCCGACGAGUUCCCUCUCUUCGCGACGGACCGCCGGGACGCGCCGGACCUGGACGACGAGGAGCAGGGCGACCGGGUGUACACGGUGGACGCCGUGCACGGCGUGCCGGUGAUGGCGCCCGAGGACUGCUGCUACCUCGGGGCGCCAAUGGGGAACGAGGAGGUGGGCUUCCGGGCUGGGGGUGGCGGCUGGACAGAGGAGGCGGAGAUACAGAAGCUCAAGGCGAGGUUGCAGGCGCUGGAGGCGGACCGGGAGUCGAUGCGGCACACCAUCAUGUCCAUGGGAGAUGAGAAGGUGCAGGUGGUUCUGCUCAGGGAGAUCGCGCAGCAGCUCUGCAAGGACACGGCGCCAUUCCCGGCUGUUCCGCUGAAGGUGCAGCCAAGGCUGCAACCAGUUGUCAUGGCGCAGAGGAAGGUGGUGAAGAAGCGGAAUUCCUUCGUCAAGAUCUUCAUUGUGACAGUGCUCAAGUGGGUUGCGUCAAUGUUCUGCUGGCGGAGGAAAUCAAAUCGCAUCAGGUACCCCAUCGGUAUGUGUGGGAGCAAUGUCGGUCUGAUGCUGAUACUGGACAGGUUCCCCAAACAGAGGCAAAAGAAGAUUCCUAAAAGGAAGCUAAGCGCCUCUAUUCUCUGAUAAUCUCGUCACAAGCAACCUAGGGAAGGACGAGCUGUGCGUUUGCACUUCUCUGGCCCGAAUGAGCUACUCUCUGGACAUAAAGCUCGCUGGUUUUGUGAAAAAACAUCGUUGUUGCAUAUCUUUCGACCCCUGUAGAUGCAUUCUUUGGUUGAUUGGGUUUUUGGUGAUCUAGUUAAAAAUGUGUAUCCCCUAUUUGCAUUUAUUCCUCUGUUCCUGCUCUCUUUACAUAUAUUGUUGAUAUUCCUUUUUUUUGUGUGCUCUAGUGUUUUUAGAACGUGAUGUAAAUAAACACCAACCUUUUGGAGCAUUAGCCGUAGAGAGUUUUGACACGGUGGUAGUGUUCCUUUUUUUUUUUGUUUCUCUAAUUGUUCUAUUAUGCCCUCUUUUUUUUAGGAACAAAAUCAUGUUAUUCUGUUUCAACACGAUUGUGUUGUAUUGUAAAUAAAUCUCAAAUAGAAUGGUGAGUUUGGUGGGAAGUCUUUUAUCUUUUUCAA